AUGCCAUACUCCGAUGCAGCCAAGUCAUGCUUCGAUAACAAGGAUUACCAAGGAUACUUCGAAAACACAAAGAAGCAGUACGAACGAACACACUCUGCAGACGACAAGUGCGAAAUGGACAAGGCACAGCGAACACUCGCUCUCCACAAAGAAAUCCAAGAAUUGAUAAGGAGGAAAAACUCAGAUUACUACACAAUCCUUGGUGUCCAGAAAUCAGCCUCUCAGGAUGAGAUACGACGUGCAUUCAAUGCUCUUGUAAUGAAGUUCCAUCCGGAUAGGACAAAGAUGAGCGAGUCGAAUGAUGUCACUGCAAUCAUCCAGAAAGCUUACACAACACUCAGCAAUCCUGAAAAACGAAAAGCAUACGACAAUAAACAGACCAGUCACUCAGCAUUUUCACACACUACAUUCAGACACAACCAUCCAGAGGAUAUCAUGUCGAACAUAUUCUUCAGUGCAUUCAACCAGCAUGCUCAAAGAAGUACCAUAUUUUACUCCACACAGGAUCUUUAUCAGCACCUGUAUUCUAAUAUGAACAGAAGAUACACAAGAGGAUAUAGAGCUCCUAAUAUGCAAUCACAGGAGCCUACAGAUCCAAAGGUAAUUGUGGCAAUGGUGCUCAUAAUUCUACUCUUCAUCAUGCUGCAGUAA